CCCGGAACGGUAACGUAGCACUCCGAAGAUGGCCGGGGUGUUUGAGGUGGAGGUUGAUGGUGUAGAGCACGACCAUGGACUGGAGCAUCACAAUGAACCGAACCAGUUGGAUGUGUCCAAGCUUUCACCAGAAGAGAAGUGGAGGGUGGAGCAUGCAAGAAUGCAUGCCAAACACACAGGUCAUGAGGCCAUGCACGCAGAGAUGGUGCUCAUCCUCAUAGUCACCCUUGUCGUCGCCCAGCUAGUCCUUGUGCAAUGGAAACAGAGGCAUCCAAAGUCAUACAAUCUGGUGACUCUGUUCCAGAUGUGGGUAGUUCCUCUCUACUUCACUACCAAACUUCACUGGUGGAGGUUCCUGACCACCUGGUUUAUCUUCUCUGUCAUCACAGCGUACAUCUCCUAUCGUGCCACUCGCAAGCCCCUGGCCUGCACCACACCGAGACUGGUGUAUAAGUGGUUCCUUCUUCUCUACAAGAUCAGCUAUGCCACAGGAAUAGUUGGCUACAGCGUCGUCAUGUUUACACUUUUUGGGAUAAAUCUAAUAUUCAGGAUAAAGCCGGAGGAUGCAAUGGACUUCGGUGUCUCUCUGCUGUUCUACGGGCUGUACUACGGGGUCCUAGGAAGAGACUUUGCAGAGAUGUGUGCAGACUUCAUGGCUUCAACCGUUGGGUAUUACAGUGCAUCUGGCAUGCCAACCAAGCACCUCUCUGACAAUAUAUGUGCAGUGUGCGGUCAGGCCAUCCUCGUAGACGUCAGUGAGGAGGGGAUUAUUGAGAACACAUACAGAUUGUCCUGCAACCAUGUGUUCCACGAGUUCUGCAUAAGAGGAUGGUGUAUCGUCGGAAAGAAGCAAAUGUGCCCGUACUGCAAAGAAAAGGUGGACCUGAAGAGGAUGUUCAGCAACCCCUGGGAGAGGCCACAUGUCAUGUAUGGACAACUUUUAGACUGGCUUCGGUACUUGGUGGCCUGGCAGCCCGUUAUUAUUGGAUUUGUUCAAGGUAUCAACUACGUCCUGGGUCUGGAGUGACCUGCGACCGUCAGAAAUGGACAUACACGCCAUACGGAGAAGAUAUGCACUGGCUCAAAAGACUGAGGGCCUAACAUUGAACUAAAACACCAAUAAAAAAAGUGUCUAUACUUUUUGUAUAUAUUUAUAGGCACAUAUUAUCUGUAUUUACGGUUUAUUUGAAUUUUAUUGAUAAUCUGAAUUUGGAUGUCUGUGUCAGUUUCCCAGGAUUUGCUUCACACAUCUUAAUAAUUGGUUUGUGCAUCUUAUGGCCUAGUAAAGCGGUUGUCAAAAUCAUUAGAGAGGUGCUUUUUACUAAUUUAUGUCUUAAGUGUUUGUUAAAACUUGGUUAAAGGAGUUUUUCAGUUUUUCAUCCUCAUGUCUGAUGGCUAUCACACAUGAGUAAUAAAUAUUCCAACACAGUCACUCCCUGUGCCUCCAGAAUACGUGAAAACAGUCUCUGCAGACUUCCUCUGCAGUCAUUGAGCCACUGCGUCAUGACCACUCAUAUGGCUGCUUGGCUUGCCUGACAUUGAUCCCAUUUUUCGAACUGAAGUAACCUGAGAGAGAGAGUUUCCUAAGCACUGACAGUCAUGUGUCAUGUGACAAGAGGCAUCGUCAGCAUGAGGAAAGAAGUGCUAAUCGUACUUAAACAGAGGAUUCCUUAUACAGGGCUUGUUAAGGUGGAACUUUUAAUCUUACUGCAUUUUAAAAAGUCCUCAUUGUUUUCUUGGACACUCAUCCUUACCAACUGGCUAAACAGUCCUAUUUGCUUUGACCUUUACCCCUCCUACAAUAACUCACUUCAGUAAGCUUGUGUGAUUUGCUGUGGAGGAGUGUUACUGUCUGCCACACAAGGUCUUCUGUUUUUGCCCACAUGCUUUGUAUUUUUAGGGUCAGUUUACCUAGAUCACAAUAAGACAAUGUAUGUAGCGGUGAAGAUAGUUUUGGUUUGCCAGCUGUGUUUUUUUUCUACCAAACAAAAAUAGUCCCUGUGAAACUGUUGGCUGUGUUCUGGUCAGAGUUCAUGAAAUGACACGUUGCUGUUGACAACUUUUAAAUCUCAUUUUUCAAUGCUGUGUACACUCCCAACAAAGUGUAAUUCACCUCCAUUGUACUGCCAUGGCAGCAGAAAUCCCAGAGAUGGCGAUAACAAAGCCUGGCCAAACAAAACCCCAAAUAUAUCUGCAUUGCUCGAUAACUCUGGCGGUAAGUGAGCAAAAAUAUGUUUUCCUCAUUUUGGCCAACUUUUAACUUGAUCUGAAAAUGGAGCAAUCCAGGAAGCUCAAACCAAAGCCACAAUACAGUUUUUAACUUCACUGAAAGAAGUGACUGUUCAAACUAGAGAGAACAAACAUCCUACAAUGAUCCUUCAGCUCAGUGAGGGUGCUGGUGGUGCCAGUCUUACUUUUAUGUGAUCCGUUCACGUCCCUUAUAUGUGGAUUUCCUAGUCCAAAGCUGCUGAAAGGUGAUGGUGGGUUGGUGUUUGCAGGUACUGGUCACAGUACAUGCCUCAUAAUACCAGCUGUGUUUUAUUUGAACCUCUCUGCCAUCUAAAGGGACUAGGCACGACAACGCUAAUGAGAUCGUUUUGUUUUGUGAUUUUGACCAUGUUGAAUAAAUGUCACAUGUUUCAGAUCGUGUGUGGAUGUUUUACGCAUGCAUUUAUGUUUCCACCAUUG